AUGGUGAAUGAAAACCUGCAUGAACUUAUUGAAACAACUAGUUCCUCCAAUUGGUGCGGUGCUAUACAGACUACAGACGAUAGUGCGCCAUUCACAUCGGUCUCCUCAACUAUUGUUGUGCCCACUGUCACCGGACCCCACGAUGCGGCUUACUCCGCCUAUGCAUGGCUAGGAAUCGACGGCUGGGGCGGCUUGGACAACCUGUUUCAAGCUGGGUUGGAUAUUCGGGGUGUUAAGUCCCAUGACGGCUCCUAUCUACCCCAGUUUCGUGGGUACUAUGAAUGGUAUCCAGAAGAUGCCCAGUUCUUCACGACCGACGACCUUCCUCUAACGAGCGGGGAUGCCCUAUACAUCAACAUCACGGCUACUUCGACGACUACAGGUACUAUAUAUCUGGAGAACAAAAACAACAGAAAAUCUCAAACCUUCAGCUUUGACGAACCUAGUUAUCCCUUGACGGGCAAGUAUGCCGAAUGGAUUGUGGAGGAGUUUUCUGAAAAUCCAGUUCCCUUUUUUGGCUCGAUCAAUUUUGCCUCCCCUCUGGCUACAACUAGCAACGGGGACUCCUUUGAUAUCUCUUCCGCCUCUCUUAUCCAAGCGGAUAGUGGCUUGAAAUCUGCCCUAAACAAUACUGCUGUGUCUGUUUCUGCUGUCUGA